AUGGACCCUCCUGCUGUCUUUUACAUUGGUGAUACCGAGUUGAUUCCAGACAUGCCCACGGACGACUUCGUCAAGCAUUUUGGCGUUUGCCAGCAAAUCAUGCAGCGACGAAUGAGCCUUCGUGGUGACCUGCCUCACUCCGUGGUGGAUGUCCUUUCGGAGCCGAGUUUGGACUGGUUGAUCGAGGCAUCACUGCCCUUGCCAGAUGCAAGCUGGCAGUCUGCAGGCAUCUUGCAACUGUCAGGAAGUCUGGCAGCUGCAAUGGAUUUUCCACGUUAUCGGUGCCUUAUUCCUCUGAAGCGAGGGAAACCUGCAUCGGAUAUAAGUACCCAUUUCCAGGGUCAGGCACCGUCGCACAAGACCGCUGCGCCUGCGACAUGCAGGUCCAAAGCUUCAAGCAGAAGCUGGCCCAGCUUAGCUUUGCGGCUUUGCUGCCGUCCAUGCCAGGCAGCCAGGCAGGAGUUGCCGCUCGGCUGCACCCCCUGA